UAGAAAGCACACAUAUAUAGCCACACAGCCAUAUCUCCCCUCCACUACACCAUCUUCAUCAUUUAUUCAACUCGCACCCAACUAAACCGCCCGGUUCAGUCCAAUCACUCACCGAAACCCGCCGCGAAAUGACGUCGGGGUCGCGACUUCCGACAUGGAAGGAACGCGAGAACAACAAGCGCCGCGAGCGUCGCCGCCGCGCGAUCGCCGCCAAGAUCUUCGCCGGAUUGAGGAUGUACGGCAACUUCAAGCUCCCCAAGCACUGCGAUAACAACGAGGUACUCAAAGCUCUGUGCGAUGAAGCUGGAUGGACUGUUGAAGAAGACGGCACUACUUAUCGAAAGGGUUGCAAAGUUGUGGAACGUAUGGAUGUCAUGGGUGGCUCGGCCUCGGCCAGUCCUUGUUCGUCAUACCAACCUAGUCCCUGUGCAUCAUUUAAUCCUAGCCCAGCUUCGUCAUCCUUUCCUAGUCCAAUCUCAUCUAUAUACACUGGAAGCAACAAUAAUGCUGAUCCAAAUUCCCUUAUUCCGUGGCUUAAAAAUCUCUCGUCAGGAUCAUCACCUUCAUCAUCUAAUUUCCCCCUUCAUCUCUACAUUCCCGGAGGUUCAAUAAGUGCACCUGUCACUCCACCAUUAAGUUCUCCUACUGCUCGAACUCCUCGAAUGAAAGAUGGCUGGGAUGAUCCAAAUGCGGUUCCAGCAUGGGCUGGCCAGCACUAUCCGUUUUUACCCUCUUCCACACCUCCGAGCCCUGGUCAUCAGACCCCCCCAGAUUCUGGGUGGUUGUCCGGCGUUCAAACUCCCCAAGACGGGGCUUCGUCACCCACAUUUAGCCUGGUUUCACCCAGCACAUUUGGCUUCAGAGAGGGAGUUUCCUGCGGAGGAUCUCGCAUGUGGACUCCUGGGCAAAGUGGAACAUGCUCCCCAGCAGUUACGGCAGGUUUUGAUCGAACAGCAGAUGUUCCAAUGUGUGAUGCAAUUUCCUCUGAAUUUGCAUUUGGCAGUCACACAAAAGGGCUAGUUAAACCAUGGGAAGGUGAGAGAAUUCACGAAGAAUGCGUUUCGGAUGAUCUCGAACUUACUCUAGGGAACCCUAGCACAAGAUAGAUAGUUGCGGCACAAGGAAGAGGUAAAUCUGAAUGUCAAGGGAUUGGUUGCUAAUCCACUGUAGAAACACUGAGCGGGGUUCCUUAUAUGCUGUAGUUCUAAACCGGAGGAGGUUCUCUGGCUACAUACCAGCAAGGAUCAAUUAUAGAGUUCAGCUCCAACCGUCUUCAGUUUCCUUACUUGUCUUCAUUGUAUUUUAGAAAAGGAAAGUAUAAAUCAAGAUAUAAAUAGUUCUGGUGUUGGCCUUUUUUUAUAGUCUCCUAAGAUAUUUUCCCCCUUUGUUAAUUUUUUAAUUUAUCGAAAGAACCUUCCAUUACAACAAUGAUACUAAGAAACUGGCUGUACGUUGUGGUUGUGAUUUUGUAUUGAAGUUGAUUUAUAUGUUAUGAUCAUAAAUUUUACAACUAAA